AUGUGGAAGCUGCUUCAUGGAUUCCUUCCUUUCCCAGAUCGUGUUCAAAAGUUUGGUUUCAAUCUCCCUUCUGUCUGCCCUUUUUGCUGGAAUCAAAGUGCUACACUAGAACAUUGUAUGUGGCAUUGCUCAUGCGCAAAGGAUAUUUGGAGUUUUUUUGCUAAUCUACUGAACAUCAACCUUAGCCUUGCCACCUCAGUACGCUCUGUCUGCCAGUUAUGGUGGCUAGCAGAUUUUUCAGCAAAUUCACAUGCAAGCCUGGGCAAUGUUUCAAUUUGCAUUCGUAACUGCAUACCAGUUUUUGUUCUUUGGUCUCUUUGGAAAAACUAUAAUAUUUUGAUUCAUGAAGGAGGACAUUACUCACGUGAUUGCAUCAUCAGAGAGGUGAAACGCGAUUUCUUUGAUCUGUCAAUUGCUCAUCCGUUCCGGCAGGUUAAUGCUUCAGAUAGUAGGUUUAUUCACUUAGGCUUUGUGGCUUUCUUUGCAACUCCGAGACCUAAGAAAACUCUUUGGAUUAAAUGGCUUCGCCCUCCAUCAGGCCGUCUGAAGUUAAAUUCUGAUGCUUCUUUCUCCACGUUUGCUAGUGGAGGUGGGGCAGUACUUCGGAAUUCACAAGGCGGUUUUGUUGCAGCGUUAGCUUUUCCUUUUCUAGCUUCCUGCGCUCUAGAAGCAGAAGCUAAAGCUCUUGCUCUUGCCAUGAGAUGGUGUAACUUGGUAGCCAGGAAACCCUUAAGCAUUGAAGUGGACUCUUCGGUUCUGGUCAACCUCAUCCUUAACUGCGAAGCUCCAAUCCCAUGGAAACUCCGUUCCUCUAUUGUCACCAUUCGUUAUUUGCUCUCCGAUUGGAAUGCUACGAUCACACAUUCUUACCGGGAGGCUAACACGGUUGCUGAUGCUUUAGCUUCUUUUGGUUGCUCUCUCUCUCACUCCUCUCUUUAUUCUACUUUUAAUUCAUUGCCAUCAGCUGUUAGAAUGGCUCUACUUCUACGCAAGUUGCCAAAAAAAGGGCUCUGUAGUGGACCCGCUUACAGGAUAAGUGGUCUUGACGCGAGUUGGAAGCUCUACAGUCUAGACAGGUGA